AGAUAUGUCGAAUGAUAAAGGAUCAUUGGAUUGCCUCCCAAUCUAUUCAUUCUUAUUUCCGAAUGAAAAGGGGUCUAGUUUAUAUAAUGCUUAUGACCGAAGUGAGGUGGAAGAUAAAUUAGUUAUUAAAAUUGAUCAAGAUGAUGAUCAUGCCCCCAAAUUUUCUGUUGCAGACGACAUUUCUGAAGUAUAUGGUUUACCUGGGAUUCAUGAAUGUAUUAACGGUCAAAAACCUUUAAGAGUUGUGAUUGACAUUGAUGCAUCGAAAGGGGAUAUGGAAACAGCUGGUGUUAAAGGACAAGAAGUAUUCAUCCGAAUCUGUUGUUCUUUUAUAAGAGCUUUGUACCGAAUUCUUGACUGUGAUUGGGAAAAUAUUCUCAAAGGGUUAAUAAUUACUACAUCAUCAGAUCCUAGCAAGUGUAGCUACCAUAUUUUAUACGCACCAGCUCUCCUUAUUGAUCAUCAUGAACUCAAAGCAUUCACUAAAUUAGUAUAUAGUUUGACUGGUGAAAAAUUCGGCAUGUUUAUUGAUCAAAAAUUACCUG